GAAUCCCGUCACUUUAGAAAUCUUAAAAAUUCACUCAAAUUAUUUCAAAAACAUUUUUAAAUUUAAAUUUUCGUUUCCUCUCCUCUUUUUUGUGCAUCCAUUCCUCUUUACCAUAUUUUGUUAAAAUUUUAUUUUGGACUCUUCUGGAUAUUUAAACAAACAUACAUAAUAAAUUCAGGACUUGGUCCCGAACGAAAAUUAUUUACGGAAUAUAUCCUAGUCAUUCUUUAAUCUACAAUCAGUCCACCAGGAAUUUACAUACGGAACAUAAUAUUUACUAAUAUAUUGGGCAAAGGAGCAAAUACAGUGAAAAAAACGGAGAAAGUCACGAGGAGCUAUACAUACAUACAUACACAUCAGAAUAGUUUAGUAUGUCACGGUUUUUUACGUUAUGGAAAACCCCGGAAGAUGGCGUAAGUCGAAAAUCGGAUAAAGUUUCAAAAUUCCUACUCGACGUCAAUGAAACUUUUAAAAUCUUCCUGAACAGCUGCAGUUGGUUUGUUUAUGCUGUUGCCGCCUUCCUCAUCAGUUGUUGUAUUUACUAUUACGUGUAUGAUUGCAAGCGUCGCUUAGAGUUGCGACGCAGACGUCAAGAGGUUCAACGGGCUAAUGAAAGAGUACCACAGAGGAGGCGGCCGGGCGCUAUUUACAGGGAUCAUGAGAUCUUUCGAAAUGUUAUGCGCACCGUUAGACAAUAUAUUGGUCACACGGAGGACAAGACCCAAUUGAAGCCUUAUGUGCUUCGUCGCACGAGGAGUGGUGCGAUAUAUGGACGAUUUUCUACUCGCGAAGGUGUGGGCACAUAGAAUAGAACUUUUGAGAUUACACUCCUUUUGUGCUGAUGAUUUUCGGUAAAACUAUUCAUAUAUCAAGCUGUCUAAUAAAAUCAAAAUGUACAACAAAAGA